AUGAAAGAUCAGGAUAUUGUCGGCGAGGCCCUUGCCUCUGUUCUGCCUCAGCAUGAUCGCCUUAGGUUCCGCGUGCCAAAUCUUCUGAAACUCAACCUCAUUCUGCUCAUUCCUCUACUAUCAUCAGCAGUGGCAGGAUAUGAUGGUAAGUUAUUUGAUCAACAAAUUCAACAACACUACCUUACACGAUCUCUUGGUGUUUUCAAUGCCGCCCAAUCCAUUGGAAGUGUUAUAUCACUCCCAUUUAUUGGAAUCUUGUCCGAUCGAAUUGGAAGACGGUUGACGCUCUUAUCGGGUACCAUUGUGAUCAUCAUUGCGUCGGUUAUCCAAGCUGCCUCGGUGAAAUACGGGAUGUUUGUCUUUGCUCGCGUGCUAGUAGGAGUUGGUUCAAUGCUGGUCGUUCAACCUUCUUUGUUGAUUACUGAACUGGCAUAUCCCACGCACCGUGGAAAGUAUACCAGCGCUUUUUGGACUAUCUACUAUCUCGGCGCAAUUCUCGCCUCGUGGACUUCGUAUGGUACUCAGAAACACCUGGGCAACUCAAAUUGGAGUUGGCGGAUGCCUUCAAUCGUUCAAGCUGGGUUUCCUCUUAUCCAGCUGAUAUUCUGGUGCUUGGUUCCUGAGUCUCCUCGCUGGUUGAUUGCCAAUGGAAGAAAGGAAGAAGCUGAAGUUCUCCUUGCGCGCUUUCACACUGACGAUGAUACUUCGAAUCCUCUUAUUCAAUUCGAAAUGGCCGAGAUCGCUCGAACUAUUGAGAUGGAGAGCUCGGCUGCGGAGACCAAAUGGUCCACUCUCGUGAAAACACCGGGAAAUCGAAAGCGCACAUUCAUCGCUGUAUGUGUCGGCGCGUUCGCUCAGUGGAAUGGUGUCGCCGUUGUCUCUUAUUACCUCACGCUCGUCCUCGAUACGGUCGGGAUUACAGACUCGGAUACCCAAACGCUUAUCAAUGGACUUCUACAAAUAUUCAACUUCAUUGUAGCAGGUAGCGCAGCUCUGCUUGUUGAUCGACUCGGUCGUCGAACGUUAUUUCUAUGGUCGGCAGUGGGCAUGCUUAUCUCUUUUGUCAUCUGGACAGCCUGUUCAGCGGUAUUUGACAGCACGGGGGCAAAUUCUCUGGGGAAUACAGUUAUCACCUUUGUCUUUAUAUUCUAUUUCCACUAUGACGUUGCAUAUACACCGCUACUAAUAGGAUAUCCUACUGAGAUAUUCCCUUACUCUAUUCGCAGCAAAGGUCUAACUGUUGAACUGCUGAGUGUCUACAGUUCUCUCAUUGUCCUGUCUUUUGUCACAUCCAUCGCUUUGGAUAAUAUUAGCUGGCAUUACUCUAUCUUCUUCUGCUGCUUUGAUGUUUUGGUUUUGAUCAUUACUUGGUUCGUGUUCCCCGAGACGAAGGGGUAUUCCUUGGAAGAGAUUGCAGAGGCUUUUGACGGGCCCUCUGCUGUGACCAGUGGUGACAUUUUUGACAAGGAGGAAGAAUUCAUCGGCAAGGGAGAGCAUGCUGAGCAUGUUUCAUAG